AUGACCUUGAAAAUAGAGCCGCACGAGUGGGUCCCUGUGUUUGAUGACGUCGAUUGUUUUGUAUCCCGGACCAAUUGUGGGUUGUGGGGACCCACUUUAAUUGUUGUAUAUGGGUUGUGGGACCUACUGAUAUUGAAGUAUAUGGGGGUUGUGGGGCCAUGUCUACUCAGACUCCAAGGAAGUGAAGAAUUACACCACCAACCCCAUUUUCUUGAAGCUUGUUUUCUUUGCCAGAGGCCACUGGGUCAGAACAGUGACAUUUUCAUGUACAGAGGGAACGCACCAUUUUGUAGCCAAGAGUGCAGGCAAGAACAGAUAGAGAUAGAUGAAGCCCAAGAGAAGAGAUGGAAGCUAUCUUCUUCUAAGAUAUCAAAAACCAUAAGAAAAACAGCAGACUCUCCCAAGGAAUCUGGCAAUAACAAAGCUGUACAGACUGGCACAGUUGCUGUGGCUUAA